GUGCUUUUAUAGUGCCUUGCACAGAGGACCAAAUGAUAAAUGGCACUGCUAAGAAAAGUGCAACCUGUGUUGCACUUCUGUACACUUGCUUUCUCGUGAAUCAUGCAUGUGACAGUGAUGGUGUGAGAUUUGGGUACAGUGGGAGUACUGGUCCGAAGUAUUGGGGGAGCUUAAGUCCUAAUUUCACAAUGUGCUCCAAAGGGAGAUACCAGUCUCCGAUCAAUAUUUUGAAAGAUGAUUCAGUCUACAACCCAAAGUUGGAGCCCCUUGAAAUGGAUUAUACUGCUGCAAACACUACCAUUGUUGAUAAUGUCUUCAAUAUUGCGCUGCGUUGCGAUGACACUGCCGGGACUGUGAAGGUGGAUGGGAAGAAGUAUAAACUGAAGCAGUUGCACUGGCACUCUCCUUCAGAGCACACCAUCAAUGGCCAAAGGUUUGCAGUGGAGCUCCACAUGGUUCACUAUUCUGAUGAUGGCAACAUUACUGUCAUAGCAGUCCUUUAUCGGCAUGGAAAACCUGAUUCAUUCCUUUUUCAGAUAAAGGGUAAGUUGGCUGAAUUACACUUAGAGGGGUGUAAAGCUGAGAAAGGCGAUCCUCUUCCUGCUGGACUCGUGGAUAUGAGGGAAUUGAAGCAGGGUGCUCAUAGGUAUUUCAGAUAUGUUGGAUCCCUCACUGCACCUCCAUGCACCGAAAAUGUUAUCUGGAACAUCUUUGGAGAGAUAAGAGAAAUGAGCAAGGAGCAGGCUGGUGCUUUGAUGGCCCCUUUGCACGGGAGUUACAGGCACAACUGCAGGCCAACGCAGCCACUCCAUGGUCGCACCGUGCAGAUCAAUCACAUGUAGCUCAAUAACGAAAGUCCAAGGGGUAUUUGUAAAUUUGUUACUGGUUUUUCCUAAAUUGCAAGGAUGUCAUUCGAAUGACCAUUCUAAUGAUAUUUUUAUAAUUUUCUAGUGACAGUUUUGCAAUAACGUUUUAAACCAGUGACAAAUUUGUAAUUGUUCCAAAAGUUGAAAUGAUGUUGUAGCCUGCUGCAGUUCAUCGAUCUGCAGAUAAUAAAUGUGCUUUUUAGUAUGUACCCAAGACCCAAGUCCUGGAAUGUCGGUAAAAUUGUAAUCGGCACCAUGGACUGCAAUAAAACCUUGUUCAUUGUCUU